AGCGUAAACUGAACCGGAAGUGAUUCCGAGUACAAACAACUCUGUGUCAGACAUGUCAUCUGAGCAAUAUGAGAAGCUCAAUGAGCUCUUUAAGGAACUGAACACGAACCCACAGGAAAUCCCCCAUAGACUGCAGAACCGCAGUGGAGGUGGGAUGCAACAACAAACACAAGGAUUUCAGCUGAUAUCUGCAAUGCAACCAAACAUGCAGAAUAUGAUGGGGAUCGGAUAUCCGGCACAUAUUUCUCAUGGGACCAUGGCUAUGCAGGGUGGAAUGCAAAUGGGACCUAUGCAGGGCACAGCAGCAUCUUUCAUGGGGCAGCCCUCUUUUCUAAGAAUGCAUCAUCCAGCUCCUCAGUAUUCCUUGGAGAUGCAAAAGCAUUUUGCAGAAGAGCAACAGAAAAGGUUUGAACAGCAACAAAAAAUGAUAGAGGAAGAAAGAAAACGAAAACAGUUUGAAGAACAAAAACAAAAAUUAAGGAUGCUAAGCAGCGUAAAGCCCAAGACUGGUGAAAAAAGCAGAGACGAUGCAUUGGAAGCUAUUAAAGGAAACUUAGAUUUUUUUUCAAGAGAUGCAAAAAUGCACCCUCCUCCUGUGCUACAUACCAAGCCAACAGGUGGAAUCUUCCCAGCACCUAACACCAUGACUCCAAAGCUACCAUCUUGGAUCCAUAACGAUAAUCAUGUACCAGAGUUCUACAAGAACAUUUUAGAAACCACAAUGACGGCUACUGGAAUAGACACAGCCAAACUGUAUCCUAUAUUGUUGUCAUCGGGUCUUCCCAGAGAAGCUUUGGGGCAGAUCUGGGCAUUGGCUAAUCGGACAAUGCCAGGAAAACUUGCAAAAGAAGAACUGUACACGGUUUUAGCAAUGAUAGCCAUUGCUCAGAGAGGAGGACCUGCUCUCAAUCUGGAUGUUCUGAGCCAGAUUCCAUCUGCUCCUAUACCAGUUUUAAGUGGUUUUCCAGUGGCUUUGCCAACCCCAUCAAAUCAGCUGCAUAUGAUGUCUACAGGACUUGCUUUGUCGAUUCCUCCUGUCCAGAAACCCACUGUAAUGAAUAAAGUUUCAGUAGCAGAGGAAACAGCAUCAAAAGUAUUAAACGCUUUCACACCUUCCUUCCCUGCUCAUCAGCCUGUUAAAUCAGAAGAUGAUGAUUUUCAGGAUUUUCAAGAUGCCUCUAAAACUGGACCCCUGAAUGUCCCCUCAGACUUCCAAAGUGAUAUAUCAAUAAGUGCAAUAAAUAAAAAACCUUUUCAGAUACAUAACAGUAAAAAAUUGCUUAUGCCAAUUUCUGGUACAUCAGUUGCAUCAGCCUCUGUCGAUAAAUAUGCUGUCUUUAAGGAAAUCACAAUGGACAAGCCCUCUGAUCACACAUCUACGUUUGAAGGAGAUAGCUUUGCAAACUUCCAGUCUUCUUUGACCAAAGGUUCAAUUGACAUUAAAGCCUCAGACAGCAUAACAACCUUUGAUCUUUCUGCUGGCAUGGCAAAUUUUUUGACACUAUCUCUUCCACAGAAAUCAACAGGCCAACUUAAACCUUUAGUAAAUGUUUCAGAUACUUUCUCACCUGCAGUAACAUCUACAACAUUUAAUACUCCCUUGCCAGCCACAAUCCCCUUAUCAAGACCUGCAACAUCCAAUGUACCUUUUGUUCCAUCAACUGAUCCUGUUUCUUCAAUGACUUCUACUGUUUCAUGUGAAUUUGGGGAUUUUGCACUUUGUGAGGCUUCUUCUGGUUCCCAGAAUGACUUUGCUGAUUUCAUGGCUUUUAACAAUGACAACAAUAUUUCAGAACAAGAUUUUGAAGACAAAUAUAAAUCAUUUAAUACAGAACAAAGUACAUCUGGUAUGCAGUCUUAUACAGGAAUCAUUGCUCAGGCCAAGCACCAUACAUCAAAAUCUGUUACAAAUAAUUAUGAUAUCCCUAAACCAUUUUGUUUGGACAGCUCUCGUUUAAUGCAUGAUGAUAACAAGGACGUCAUUUUCCCAGCUACAGACAAUACCUUUGCUGAUUCGCUUUCUGAAAAGGUCUCAGUAACAGAGAACAGCAAUGAAAGAUCAUUCGUGGACAAGAUUGCAGCUUUUAAACAAAACAAAGAAGACUCUGCUUCUAUUAAAUCUCUUGAUCUUCCUUCUAUCAGUGGCAGCAGCAUUGGUAAAGAAGAUUCAGAAGAUGCACUCUCGCUUCAGUUUGACAUAAAAUUGCCAGAAACUGAGGGGAAUCUGAAGCAUGUGAUGUCCGAUGGAUACCUGGAUUUGCAAACAAGUGGUGGUCAAAGUCUGUCUCUAGGAGGAGGAAAUAACCAACUGGAAAGCAAUGACUGGUUUGAAAAGGAUUUCAUAAUAAAUCAACCUAAAAAGCAGUCCCAAUUCAUCCUGGGCUCUGACAACUCUGGCACCAGUGAUCUCUCUGUUUUGCAAGAAAAAACAUCAUCCUUUGGAGACCCUAUAGCAGCCAUAUCAAAGAUGAAUACGUUUACAAGUGAAAGCAUCUUUAAAGAAGGGAAAAGUUCUAAAAAGACCCUGGAUGAACUAGAAGAGGACUUUUUCAGGCAGAAAAUAGUAGAUGCCCCUGCUCUUACUCUGGAGCAAGAUACUAAGAGCCAUGAAAAGCCUUCUGUUUGCAUUGCUCCCGAGGAUAAAGGCAGUAAUGAUUUUGGAGAAUUCCAAAGAGAAAAAACAAAAAUAAGUAAAUUUGACUUUUUAAUGGCCACCUCUCAGGGAAAAUUGAAGUCAAGUGAAGAAAUGAUAAAAAAUGAGCUUGCAACACUGGACUUGUGUGUUCAAGGAUCCCAUAAAAGAAGUUUAAGCCUUGGCGACAAAGACAUUAAUCCUGCACUUUCACCUUCUCCUGAGAAGCCUCUUGAGAAGCCUCGUGACCGUUCAAACACACUAAGUGAAAAGCCAGCUUUACCUAUCAUCAGGGAUAAAUACAAAGACCUCACCGGGGAGGUAGAGGAAAGUGAGCGAUAUGUAUAUGAAUGGCAAAGAUGUCUAGAAAGUGCCCUUAAGAUUAUCUCAAAAGCUAACAACACUCUCAAUGGUAUAAGCAGCUCAUCUGUGUGCACAGAAGUUAUUCAGUCUGCACAGGGCAUGGAAUAUCUGUUAGGUGUUGUGGAAGUAUAUAGAGUUACUAAAAGAGUAGAACUGGGCAUUAAGGCUACAGCUGUAUGCAGCGAGAAACUUCAGCUCUUACUAAAAGAAAUAGACAAACUCUGGAACAACCUAAUUGGCUUCAUGUCACUGGUAUCAUUAAUGCCAGAUGAGAGUGCUCUAGACUUUUCCUCAUGCAUGCUGCGACCAGGAAUAAAAAAUGCUCAGGAGCUGGCAUGUGGAGUGUGCUUACUAAAUGUAGAUUCUCGCAGCAAGAAAGAAGAGAAACCUGCUCUGGAACAUCCUAAAAAAGCAUUUAAUUCAAAUACUGAUAACUUUAAGCUUUCUUAUGGUGGACACCAGUAUCAUGCCAGCUGUGCGAAUUUCUGGAUCAACUGUGUACAGCCCAAACCACCCGGACUCCUUCUGCCCGACUUAUUAUAGGAAUACACAGGAUUCAUCAUAAAGAGAUUACUGUAUUCAUGAAUGACUUCUGAGAUUUACCAUAAUGCAAGUCAGGAAAUAGAGAGAGAGAGAGAGAGGCUUACAGUUAAAAAUUAGGAAUUUCCUCAAAACAAAAUGAAGCAAAUAUUGCACUAACCACUGCCAUUUUGUGCCCUGCUGUACAUUUAUUUUAUUGUAAAUAUCACCACAAAUUCAGUAACGAGUGAAAGACAACUUGUGAAGGUACCUAGAAAUUAUUUUAUUGUUUUUCCACUGAGAGAGAGGGUGGAUGGGAGUAGGAUUCUGAUAGCUGCAAUGUAGACAGCAUUUUUAAUGAAUUUCAGUUUUUUUUUAACUUAUUGACAGCAUGUUCAGUAAAACCAGAAAUACCUAGAUAGAGCACGGCAUGAUUUAACAAGCUCAAGUGGGGAGUUGGUGGCCACAGUAAGGUGUAAAAAUAUGUUUUACAAUCCAAAACUUUCAAAAUAACUCAAGCUCCUUUAGUGUCUUUACUGCCUUUUGUAAGCAGUAGCAACUUCAUUUAGUUCCAUCAGAGGCGGCAUUACUAGGAGAUCCUACUGACCCUUACUGCCACCCCAAACCACACCCCGACCUUUCUAAAUUCUCCACAAAAGAUUCUAGAUCACUUAUUUAGUUGUAUUCUUAUCAGCUACACAUUGGCAUGCCCUAAAAUAACACAUAAAUACUAAAAUAACACAUAAAUACAUAUAUCAUAAUUUAUUUUUUUCUAUUUGCACAAAUGGAUAGGGGCUGCUUUUCUAGAUUAUACGUGGCUUAUAUGCGAUACAGUAUUCUGUCAUCCGUAGCCACUAAAGGGAAACAAUACGAUCCCCCUCCUUUUGAUAAAGAUCAUUCAGUUUGGCUUAUAUAAAAAGGGAAUGAACAGCCAAAAAAUUUUUUUAGAUAAAAUAAUGUAGACUUAGUUACACUAGUCGGCAGUUCUAAUAGUGUUUUAGUGCUUUUUUGCCAUAAUCCCAGAUGAAUGAGUUUGUCAAAAAAGGGCAUUGUUCCCCUUGAAUAGCAGAAAUAAAUACCAACACCUUUCUAUGAAAGUUCAGAAUGUAGCACUCAGAAAGAAGCAUGUAAAUUGCAAAUACACUGGAAAAAAAAGGAAUGCUUGUUCUGUGCCCUCACACACAUACAACUGUACUGUAUACUGAGCCACAGAUUUUUUUGUUUUUUACCUAGAAAUACAAAUCCACAUGAAAAAUAAAUCAAUAUUACAUAAUCACACAAAAUACACACACGUACAUACUUAAUUAAAUGAAUUAUUAACAAUCUCUACUUCAACUGAUUUUUUUUUUUGUAGUUUUUAGUUUUAUUAUUUGCUGUAUAAAAGGAGCACUCUGAAUGGAUUGGGGGCAUUGAGAUCCUUCUCAGGUUCAUAGCCUAAAGCUGGUGACAAAUUGAGAAAUUGUGCCCUCUUAAAACCUCUGGAAUAUAUCAAGAGGGUGCAAUGAAUUGGGCCUGGUUUUAAAACCACCAACACAAACUGUAAUAUAAAAAUGUAAGUGACCAACUUUUUUGUCCUUUAAGCGUUCUUAAUAUUGAUUUAUGAAGUUUCUUGUAUAUUUUCAACCUAAUAAUAUAAUGUGUUGGUACCCCUUUUUUAAUCUUUCACACAACAGAAGAACUGUAGCCAGUAGAAAGCAUUACAUUAAAUUUUUAAAGGAGAAGUAAAGGUAAAAUCAGAUCACCCACGCGUCCAGUGAUUGUUAAGCUGCUACCACCACUGAUCAACUUUUCUUCUUUUUCAAAAACAAUGUUCUACACCAACCUAAGGUGACCGGGUAGCUUUUAGUUUCACUGUAGGGUUCCCAACUAACUGGCACGUCUAUGUCAUUUUACAUUUACUUCUCCUUUAAUAUUUUGAACCUUGUUCUUCUGGGUUUCUGUCUAAUUCAUUUGACAAACUCUGAUACUGUAAUUGUAUAUACACACAGAUAGUAUUAGAGUAUCUCAGACAGGUUAGCCAGGGGGAAGAGAAAGGGAGUAACUAGUGCAAAGAAGUUUUCAUUUGUUUGAUUUUGAUGUUUCAAUCUUCUCAUUGUUAACUAUGCUGUCACAGUUAUUGGGGUUUUAGUUAAGUUAGUGCUGGAUGUCACAUUCCAUAAACGGUCUCAUUUGAGUUUUACCCAGACAAUACCGGACUCAUUUAAUUUAUAAAGCUGCAUUUAAUAAGACUCAAAUCAAUUUUAUUAAGUAGAUUUAAAAAAUGGUUCUAUUAGAGCGAAUACAUUUUAAUGUUUCCUUUUGAUUCUUCUCCAGAUCUAUUUUAAGUGUUUGCUUUGUGUUGUCUUUCCUGAUCGGUGUGAUAUGUUUGUGAAAUAUUUUAGAUUAUUUAUGUUGAAUUGCUGUAAACUGUUGUUGUAUUAGGUUUUGUGUGUGGAUGCUUGUUGUUUUCUUGUUUUGGUAUUGCAUGUUAUUAAAUGUUUAUCUGCCUUUUAAUAAAAAGGUUACAACUCUUAGGAAAA